CCACUGGUUAUCGCUUAGAAGAAGAGCGGUUUCUUCACGCAUGCGCGCUGACGCUCCUUCCUUUUCGACAUCCCGAGCGAGAGAGACAAGAUGGGCCACCAGCAGCUCUACUGGAGUCACCCGCGAAAAUUCGGCCAGGGAUCUCGAUCCUGCCGUGUGUGCUCAAACAGACAUGGACUGAUCCGCAAAUACGGGCUCAACAUGUGCCGUCAGUGCUUCAGACAGUACGCUAAAGACAUCGGCUUUGUGAAGCUGGAUUAAGCUUGUGGAUUGCUGCGCUUCAGCCAUGUGGAAACGACAUCCUCCCAGGCAACCAUGAUAUUGUUUUGGAAUUAUCAAUAAACACUUUUUCUGGUUAAAA